UCAUGUGACGUUUCCCACCGUGGAUUCUCUGCGUGCGUGUGUUUGCGGGACAGAGAGCGAGCGAGACGAGGACGGCGUACAGCUAUGCGCGGAUCGUGUUGUGGAUUGAUACGGCCAUUACGCACGAGUGCGCGCUGACUGCAACUUAAAGAGGAGAGCGAUUGUUCAAGAAGCGGAACCCGACUUCCUCGCUUUAUCAGGAAGAAGCGGCCAUCUGUACCAGGACAAAACUCAAGUCGAUCUUUAGAGCAGAGCAGAUUCACCCGCACAGGAAUGGUGGAUCACUUGCCGCUUGGUGAGGAAACCUUCCUGUACCAUUCCAGCUCACCUGAUUAUAACUGCCUGUGCUGCCACGCCAAUGGCGGCGUGUCGCCGGGCGUCAUGGUGACAGACAGUUGCUACCACCACCCUCACCCCUACCAGGGGGUGACGCUUUCCCUGUCCCCUCGCCUGUCCGAGGAUGAGCGCAGCAUCUCUUCCAGCCCUCAGUCCUCCUUUUGCUCCAGCCCGGAAUCCGUGUCUCCGACGCCUCUGCGGCACGGAAGCUUUGAGAGCCGCUGCAGCCGGAGCAGUGAAAGCUCAUCGGGAGGAGAAAGUCAAGACAGCCUGCUCGACCUCCUCCUCUCUCAGAACACCUCACUAAACUGCACCACCAGCAGUAGCAGCCCUCUAACCUCGCCCCCGUGCAUGUCGUCCCCAUCAUCUUCCCAGUCCUCUCUUCUACCGAUGGGUUUAGACUGGGAGUCCAAGAGGGAACAGAGGCUCAGUCUCCUCCAGCAGCAAACCAAAGAGGACGGCUACGAGUUCCCGGUCUUUCUGGACGAGCUGCAGCAUCCGGCUGCCCUUCUGUUUCAGCCCACCCUGGAGGAGAUCGAGGAGUUCCUGGAGGAGAACAUGAUCGCUGCUGCAACACAGAAAGAAGAGGAGGAAAGUGAUGUGGAAAUGUCGCCGGCGCCACAGGAAGUAGAGGCCGACAGCGCAAGUCCAAUAGCAAGAGUUGGGAUGCAGAACUCAGAUCAAACGGUGCCUGUGGCUCCUUCUCCACAGUCCUUCUCCGCUGAGACCAAACAUGCAGCGGGUGUUUCUGCUCUGGACAGCUCCUCGACGGUGGAUCUCGAUUGCAUUGACAGUUCGACUGCGGGUGACGGGAUCAAACAGGAAGAGGGAGCGUCUCCUGCAGCCGCAUCACAAGGCGCUGCCGCUGCCACCGGGGUGCCUGUCAUCCUGCAAAUCCAGCCCAUACAAAUCAAACAAGAGCCAAACCCCAGUGCCAUAUCAGACGCCAAGGAAUCCCAACAGCAGAAGUCCCUAUCUCAGGCAGGAUCGGACAUCAAAAUCGCCCAGCUCCUGCUCAACAUCCAGGGCCAGACCUUCACCUUGGUGCCUCAGCUGCUGUCCCCAGCAAACAUCGGCAGCGCAAGCAAAUCCGGGAGCGUGGCCUCGUCCAAAUUCGUCCGCAUCGCCCCUGUGCCCAUUGCCGCCAAACCCAUUGGGAUCGGAGAAGGCGGGCUGGGCGACGGGUCGGCGGCUGGAGUCCUAACGGCGGGUCAGAGGUACCAGAAAAGCGCCGUGGCGGACCUCAUUAAAAUGCACAAGUGCUCGUUCCCGGGCUGCAAUAAGAUGUAUACAAAGAGCAGCCACCUGAAGGCUCACUUGAGGAGGCACACGGGGGAGAAGCCUUUCGCCUGCACGUGGGCCGGCUGUGGAUGGAGGUUCUCCCGCUCGGACGAGCUGUCCCGACACCGGCGCUCCCACUCCGGAGUCAAACCAUACCAGUGCAUCGUCUGUGAGAAGAAGUUCGCGCGGAGCGAUCACCUGUCCAAACACCUCAAAGUCCACCGCUUUCCACGAAGCAGCAGAACGGGACGAUCUGCCAACUGACCCUCGUGACCUCGCUGUGACAGACUAAGCGGAGGGAGGGAAGGGGUCGGGU